AUGACGGACGUAGACAUGAAGGACGCCUCUGCGGCGGCAACAGCAGCGGGGGAGAAGGGGGAAGUGGCGGCGGUGCCCAAGAGCAUCAAGGUGGAGGAUAUCGUGCGGAACGCAGAGCUCAUCGUCAAGGGCGUCCAGGGCGACACCGCUCGGCUUACCACGAGGGCAAUCAGUAGGAAUACGCCCAUCCGACGCAGGGUGCAAGCGGAUGUGCUGUGCGAGGCGUUAGCCAAGCUGCUGCCGGACGACUGCCCGGACAAAGCCGAGCUCACCCGGCUUCUGGCCAAGCUGCCCAGCGAGGCGGUAGCAGAGCCGGAGACCCCGACGACGGAAGCCAUGGAGGUCGACUCCGAGGCCGCCAAGAAAGAGGCCGCCGCGGCGGCGACUGCGGAGGCCGUCGCCGCUAAGAAGGCCGAGGAAGCGCUGGCGAGCGUGGUGGCGGCGAAGCUGCCCGAGGUGGAGGUAUACUUGUCGACCUUGGUUUUGACGACGCUGCUGCGGCACAAGGCAAACGCGCGACCGCGCCUGCUCGGGCUUCACCGCACGUGCUGCCUCAGGCACGACGAGAUCGGGCAGGCGACGACGCUGAACCUGCUGCUGAGGAACCUGCUUUCCCAGAACCUCCUGGACCAGGCCUACAAGCUCGCCUCCAAGACCAACUUCCCGGAGAGCUGCAGUAACAACCAGUUCUGCCGAUACCUUUACUACAUGGGGCGCAUCCACGCCCUCCAGCUGGACUACACGGACGCCUACACCAAGCUGAUGCAGUCCAGCCGCAAGGUCUCUCAGAACACGGCCAUGGGCUUCCAGCGGGCGGCGCAGAAGCUCGUCAUCAUUGUACAGCUCCUGCUCGGAGAGGUGCCGGAACGGUCGGUGUUCAACCAGAAGGGCUUCGUGGUAUCCCUCAAGCCCUACCUCGCCCUCACGCAGGCGGUCCGACAGGGGGACCUCGUGGAGUUCAACCGCAUCGUCGGGGAGCACGAGUCAACCUUCCGGGCAGACAAGACCUACACCCUCAUCCAGAGGUUGGCGCACAACGUCAUCAAGACGGGGCUCCGCAAAAUCAACUCGUCUUACUCCCGCGUUUCCCUCCAAGACCUGUGCGAGAAGGUGAAGCUCGAAACGGUCCAAAGUGCGGAGUUCGUGUGCUCGAAGGCCAUCAGGGACGGGGUCAUCGACGCGGUCAUCGACCACAAGAACGGCUGGAUACAGAGUCGGGAUGUCGUGGACGUGUACGCCACGGACGAGCCGCAACAGGCCUUCCACAAGCGCAUCACGUUCUGCCUGGACGUUCACAACGAGGCGGUGAGAGCGAUGCGCUACCCACCCAACGCCUACAAGCAGGAGCUGGCCAAGUCUCGUCCCGGGAUGGAGGACGAGAAGACCGAUGAGGAACUCGCCAAGGAGAUCGAGGACGAGAUGAACGAAGAAGACGGAGGCCUCUAAGACCGAAUCGACCUCUCUAAGACCAGAGCGGGCUCUUAAGACCAGAUGGGACUCUUAAGACCAGAUCGGACUCUUUAAGACCAGAUCAGUACCUAAGACCAGAUCGGUCUAGAAGACCAGGUCGGCCUAGAUCGACGCCUGUCUGUCCUAGCGGACGUACGAAAGCAGCAGCCGCAUUUCCUUACGCGAAAGAACCACCCGAGGAUAAUCAAUCGAUGUCUCUUCAUCGAAGGGGCGAGCGAACUCGGAUGGAACAGCAAGCGGAGACGCGUUUCCCGACGUUAGUAGGACGCUUGAGUUCGUUUGCGCUUUUGGGCGGACUCUGACGGGCAGAGUCUUGCGCUGCGCGAAAUUUCAACAACCCUUAAGACUACAUCAUGUUGGACCGACUCGUGAGAGGCUCGUCUUUUGUACUGACCUUGUGUUUCAUGGGUUUCUAGGCUCAAAAGUUGUUGUGUACGGUUAGGUGCAGUUUUACUUGCAAGGAGGGUGAGGAAAUGAUAGUUGCGGAUUCUUCAAAAGGACCGUCUAUCUUGGCGCCUGGCUCCUGUGGAGAAGUGGCCAGCAGGAAGACCAGUAGGGAGGUCCAGGGCUCCCAACGCUCUUCGUGUAUUUAGCCCACUUUAUUGUUGGGGACGGCGGUGGUGCACUGCCUGACGUGACCGACUUUGUGGCAGGAGACACCCAAAGCAUUUCACUCCUUUUUUCUCUUCGUGGAUGGACGUCAGACCACCCGACUGCAGUGGAAGAAAGAACGCUGCUGCUAUUUUCCUCAACUACUUGUAUAGGCGCGACGUUGAGGUGGUGGGCAUGCGGUUUCACAGAGGCGGCUUCCUCC